GGCCGCCGCCGCCAUGUUCCGGAGCCUGCUGGUGGCGGCGGCGCAGCGGCCUCAGGGCCCGCCCGGGCCCCCCCGCGCCUCCCCCGGGCCCGGCGCCGCCGCCGAGGCGCUGGAGGCGCAGUUCAGCUGCCCCAUCUGCCUGGAGGUUUUCCACCGCGCCGUCGGCAUCGCGGGCUGCGGGCACACGUUUUGUGGGGAAUGCCUGCAGCCCUGCCUGCAGGUGCCCUCCCCGCUGUGCCCGCUCUGCCGCGUCCCCUUCGAUCCCAAAAAGGUGGAGAAAGCUUCCAGCGUGGAGAAGCAGCUCUUGUCCUACAAAGCUCCCUGCAGAGGCUGCAGCAAGAAGGUGUCCCUGGCCAAGAUGCGCUCUCACGUCUCGUCCUGUGCCAAGGUGCAGGAGCAGAUGGCCAACUGCCCCAAGUUUGUUCCUGUAGUCCCCACUUCCCAGCCUAUUCCCAGCAACAUUCCCAACCGCUCCACGUUCGUGUGUCCGUACUGCGGGGCCCGGAACCUGGACCAGCAGGAGCUGGUGAAGCACUGCAUGGAAAAYCACCGCAAYGACCCCAAUAAAGUGGUGUGCCCAGUGUGCUCGGCCAUGCCCUGGGGYGAUCCCAGCUACAAGAGUGCCAACUUCCUGCAGCACCUGCUCCACAGGCACAAGUUCUCCUACGACACCUUCGUGGAUUACAACAUCGACGAGGAGGCAGCGUUGCAGGCAGCCCUGGCCCUGUCCCUCUCAGAGAACUGAGGCUGAUCCCUCUCUCCCUGCCCUGGCUGCUCCUGGGGACACAGAGCCCUCCAGAGCCCCACUGCUGCCUCCCUUCCUGCUGCUCUGCAGGCAAAUCCCGCCUUGUUGAAGAAGGUGGAGCCUCUUCAGUGUCASAGUGAGUGAGCAGAGGCCUCUGGAGAGGUGGGAUCAAUCCUUGCAGAGGCGUUUCAUAUCCGUAUUGGGAGCACAUCCCUGUGCUCUGAUCUAUUUAUUAUUAGAUGCUUUUUGGCACACUUCGUCCCUGCUCUCUGUUGCAGCAGAAUAUGUACCUGAAACUGAUAGGUUGGAUGCAAAACACCCUAAUUUGGGACUGGAAUCAGCCACAUCCUUUUAAAAAGGAGGAAGACAGCACAGAGCUUCUUUUUUUUACACUCUCCAAGGAUUUUUCCAGAGAUGUCAGGCUGUCCUGACCCCCRUGCUGGAGGCUGGAGCUGCCUCCUUCACCUGAAUCCCGGGAUGAGACUGAACAGGGGUUCAGAGGAGCCCUCGAGGAUGGCAUCCAGCAUCCAGGGAAACCUUCCCCUUCCUCGUUUUGUACCGGCUCUUGGGAUACCAAAUCCCUGUUUUUCUACACCAAGCGGCACGAAGCCUUUUCCACGUUUUCUAGAGCAGGAUCAGAAGCUGUUCCUCUUCACACUGCAAUAUCCGUCACCUGGGACAAGAGUAUUUUUAUGGAACAUUCUUAAGAAAGUUUAUUUUUUACAGAAAUAACCCAAGCAAACGAACACGUGGAUUGGGAAUGGGGUGGGAGCUGGAUCCUGGAGGAGUGGUGGGUUGGACUCUGAGGUGGGGGGAAGUGCAGGGAUCUUUCUGGGCCAUUCCUGGAUAUUUCUGGGCCUUUCCCUUCCCUCUCCAGAAUUCCUCUGCCUGUGAGGAAUGGUUGUGCCACGCUGGCACUGGGCAGGGAGCAGCUGGGUUGGAUCCAGGUGCUGGUUGCCCAUGGAAUGUCCAUCCAUGCAGGAUCCCAGCCCCAACACCGAGCUGCUCAUCCCCCCAGAAUUAAGGGAUUGUGUUUCCCUUUUYUGAUCUCUCCCUGGGAAUAGGGCACUGUUGAUCCAAGGUGCUCCACAGCAUCCUGGUGACCUUUCCCUUUUCAUCCCCUUCCUCUCAGCCCUGCCUGCUGCAGGUGGAGUUGGCUCUGRAGGGCUGGGAGAAGGUGGGAGGGAGAUGGGAUGAGCCCAAAGCUCCCAAAGUGAUGGAGCUGAGGGAGGGGGUGAUUCCCAACACCCGCCAYGCUGCCUUUCCACGGGAUUUUUUGCAGGGCAGAAGGGUGGGAAAAGCCCCCUCUGCAUCUCCCUGCUUGGAGAAUUCCUGACAUUUAUCCAAAACCUGGCUCCAGCUCUGCUCUAGCAAUACUGGCUUGGUUUUUAUUUUGAUUUUAGUAGGACUGGUUGGUUUUGGAGUCUGCAGCCCCUCGAGGAGCGUGCAGGGAACCCUCUGCUCUGAUGGCAGRGCAGGGAAAGGGCUGGAGCUGCCCCUUUCCCCUUUCUGGAGCCAGGCCAGCCAGGAGGGCUGGGAUCUCUUACCUGCCCAGCAUUUCUGGAGGAUGUUCCUGGCGGGAUGGAGAGCACUGGCAUCUUCCAGGAGGAACCCAGGAGGGUUCCCUGUCCUGUGCUCAGCUCCUGGCACAGAGAGCUCCCUGCUUUUGGGCCAGCACUGUUAACCUCGGGCUCCUUCCCAUUUCCUUAUCCUUUUUGCCCUGCAGAGCCAGAGCAGGGGCAGCAAGAGCUGCUUUUGUAAAGCACUUUAAGGCCCUGGGUGUGAGGGGCCAGGCCAUGCUGUGAUGGGUUUCCCUCCGUGCCAGGGAUCCCGCUGGCCGUGCCCAUCAAAGUGUCACCCACCACUUUUUUUGCAUAAUUAGAACUUUUAACGAGCCGUCCUGUUUUUUGAAGAAUAAUUAACUCGAUGACGUAUUUGUAGCAAACCAUUUUUCUCAAUAAAGGCAGUUUCAUCCA